UGCGAGGAUUCAUCCAGAAUGAGCAUUACUGUGAUUUAUUACAGCAGCAAACACGGAAAAGCCUUUAAAACAACUAUAACAGACGUUUGUUCGGGCUGAGAGUCGUUUAGACGCGUUACCCUCAUUUAAUAUCGCAGGAAUGUUAAUUGUUUUGCUUUUUAGGGCCAAGAAGCCACGAGCUGCGAAGGCACCGUCGGCCACAAGGUGGCGAUGUUCAAUGCGUCAUACGUGGAUCCCCAACAUCUGUAACCUCCCCCUGACGAGCUCCUGACAUUCAUUUAAAUCACGGGAGAAGGAUUUUAAUCAGGCACUGGCAUAUUUGCAAACAACAGCAACAUGAAUGAGGGACAGGACCGAUGAGGAGAUUAGUGAGGCAGACAGUCAGAGCUGAUUUAUUAGGUCAUAUAUUCCAAUCAUUACGAGGUUUAAUGAGCUAAGACUUAAUUAAAAGUGCACAGGUUUGCGCCGGAGCCAACGCGCCGCUGCAGCUCCUGACAAAUCCCUUCACCGCCGUUUGGCACCAAGUAACGCGCAGCCUCGAGGGGAGUGGGGCUGAGCGGUGUUGUUCAGCGAGUGACACAAAUUACAUGAAGAUUAACCCAACUCCCGCCUGAAGUCACCGCAGCGCCGCGCAUCCAUCCAGAACCCGGCGGCACCGCACGAACCCGCCCGCGAACGUGCGCGGACGGUCUAACUCUGACUUAUCACUUCGCCGUUCUGUUCACCGGAAUAAGAGCGGUUCCUGGGCCGCAGGUGUAAACGGACUUGGGUUCGGAUGCUGUGAGCGGCUCUGCGGCUCCCGCGUCCCCCCUGGGCUCCCACGGAGGAGGGACGACUCCUCUUCACUCCCAGCCCCGGAGAGGCGACUGACGCCCGCGCGCUCCGGUGCCCAGGCUGCCGCUGCCGCUGCCGCUGCCGCCGCUUCGGAUGCUGCUGGAAGCUGCUGCUGCACGGCGGCGCAGCCCACGUCCAGCUGAGGAUUUCAGGAUGAAAAAGUAGAGACGGCGGCUCCGCUACAGACGACCGUUCGGCUUGGGAGAACCCAGACGGAGCCCUCCGCGCGCACUUCACGGGGCGUCUUAAUAGGAUUUCAUUGACGCGCGUCCCUGCGGAUCAGGUGCGCCGGCGGUCCCUGAACUCACCUGCGCGAUGGUUCCGGCUCGUCUCCCGCUGUGAUCGGCGGCGCACGGGGAGCGUGGAUUAAAAUCCCAAAGUUUGGAUUCCCUGAGAGGGGGAUGGCAGCUGUAGAGCGGAGAUGCACGCGCCCGCUGUAACGCGUCAGUUUAUUCUGGAUGGAUGCCGUGGACGGAGCCGCGGCUGUUCCGGCAGGUGGCUGCGUGUCUAAGCCCGAACCCCGGACCCCUGCUGCGCUAACAGGUCGCCCCCGGUCGGACGCUCAUUCGCAUGACAGUCACCCCUCAGUCGUUUCUGGAGGAAAGUUUGGGACGCGGCGGAGGAUGAAGGCAGCGCGUCCUGCGUGGAUUCCCUGCAGAGCCCGUCCCCAGUGAAAGUCCCCGGAGCGCGGCUUCAAGAUUUUCCCUCACGUGUGAAUGGAUUCCUGCUUCGCGGCGUGAAGGAGAACUGGGGAUAUGUGUCCGGUGUGUGGCGUUCUGGUCGUGCUGGAGCGAAGAGCCGCGGACGUCCCGAUCCCUCCCCGGGACCACAGGUGUUCCUGGUGAACAGUGACUCCACAUCCCAAAAUGCCGAGCUGUGGGUAGAGUGGGUGAAGCUGUCUCCUUCUCCCGAUCAUUUCCCACAUCCUCACCUUCCCUUUUUCCUCAACUCCCUCUGAAACGCCUCCUCCCUUUCAGCCGCUCUCUCACGUUUCCUCCUCUCUUCUCUCUCUCUUCAUUCCUCUCAUUUUCUGCCUGUCACACUCCUUGGACUUCCCUCCUUCCCCCUCUUCCCUCCCCCUCCUCACCCCCAUCCGUCAGGCCCUCUCAACCCACCACCACCUCCUCCCCCUCGCCCCACAGCACACAUGCAGGCCAAGAAGCGGUACCUGCUCGUGUCUGUGGGGGCCGGUCUUCUCUUCCUCGUCUACCUGUGGGGUCUGCAAAUCGGGGAGUUCCAGCAGCAGCAGUACCAAUACCAGCACUUUCCACAGUACCCCCAGUACCCCCAGUACCACCAGCAGGAAUACCAGUACCACCAUCAGGGCCAGGGCGUGUACCGGCCGCAGCCCCUGCCUCAGAGGAGCCCGUCCCGACCCCCCCGACACUGGCCAGAGUCCACGGAGCUGCUGGAGCCGUACCUGGAGGGGGGGGAGCAGGAGGAGGACAGUCCCCAGCUCCACCACCAGCACACGUCCCCUCAUGAGCGCCGGGCCAUAUGCGACAACAUCUACAAGAACAAGCGCUGCCGCAUGGAGACCUGCUUCGACUUCGCUCGCUGCCAGUCGGGCUUCAGGGUCUACGUGUACCCCCCCCUGAGGGGGGACCAGGUCUCCGACACCUACCACAAGAUCCUGUCCUCCGUCAAGGAGUCUCGCUUCUACACCUCGGACCCGUCCAGGGCCUGUCUGUUCAUUUUAGCCGUGGACACGCUGGACCGGGACCAGCUCUCUGCUCAGUACGUUCAGAACGCUCGGUCUCGCAUCCAGAGCCUGCCCACGUGGAACGAUGGCAGGAACCACCUCAUAUUCAACCUCUACUCUGGCACGUGGCCGGACUACACCGAGGACCUGGGCUUUGAGGUGGGUCAGGCCAUGCUAGCCAAGGCCAGUGCUGAUGUGGUCAACUUCCGACCAAACUUUGACAUCUCCAUCCCUCUAUUCUCCAAGGAGCACCCAGUGAGAGGAGGGGGCAUAGGUCACCUGACUCUCAACGAGGCUCCGCCCUCCAGGAAGUACCUGCUGGUUUUUAAGGGAAAGCGCUACCUGACCGGCAUCGGGUCCGAGACCAGGAACGCUCUGUAUCACAUUCAUAACGGGGAAGAUAUUGUUUUGCUGACCACGUGCAAACACGGCAAGGACUGGGAGAAACACAAAGACUCCCGCUGCGACAGAGACAACCAGGAAUACUCAAAGUUUGACUACCAGGAGCUGCUCCAUAACUCUACGUUCUGCCUGGUUCCGCGGGGCCGACGGCUCGGGUCCUUCCGGUUCCUGGAGGCCUUGCAGGCAGCUUGCAUCCCUGUAAUUUUGAGUAACGGCUGGGAGCUCCCCUUCUCUGAAGUGAUCGACUGGAGGAAAGCUGCAAUUGUUGGAGAUGAGAGACUGCUGUUACAGGUUCCCUCCAUUACCCGGUCCGUGGGCCGUGACAGGAUCCUGGCUCUCCGCCAGCAGACUCAGUUCCUCUGGGAUGCCUACUUUUCUUCUGUAGCCAAGAUCGUCUUAACUACUCUGGAGGUCAUCCAGGACCGCGUGGACUCCCACGUGUCCAGAAACCAACUGCUGUGGAACUCCCUGCCCGGUGGUCUCUAUGCACUGCCCCAGUACUCGACUGACCCGGCCCAGUUCCCUUUUUACUAUGCCGUACUGGGUAAGAGCCCUUCGCAGCAGUUCACAGCUGUGAUCCAUACAGUGACUCCUCUGCAGGCCCAGCUCUCCCCUGUGGUGAAGCUCAUCAUCGCUGUAGCCAAGUCCAAGCUGUGUGCACAGAUCGUGGUUUUAUGGAACUGCGACAAGCCUUUACCUGCGCGGAGCAAGUGGCCCUCCACCAGCGUGCCUCUCACCGUCAUCGAAGGACAGACCAAGCUGAUGAGCAGUCGUUUCUUCCCCCACGACAUCAUCCUCACCGACGCUGUUCUCAGCCUGGAUGAGGACGCCGUCCUUUCAACCAACGAGGUGGAGUUUGCUUUCACUGUGUGGCAGAGUUUUCCUGAGCGGAUUGUAGGAUACCCAGCGAGGAGUCACUACUGGGACAGCGCCCGGUCCCGCUGGGGCUACACCUCCAAGUGGACCAACGACUACUCCAUGGUCCUGACGGGAGCGGCUUUCUACCACAGAUACUACCACUACCUGUUCACCCACUCGGUGCCGGCCAGCCUGCUCACUACCGUGGACCACAUGGCUAAUUGUGAGGACAUCCUGAUGAACUUCCUGGUGUCGGCUGUUACCAAGCAACCACCAAUCAAAGUCACACAGAAGAAGCAGUACAAGGAAACCAUGAUGAGCCAGGGCUCCAAGACGUCGCAGUGGGCCGACCCGGACCACUUUGCUCAGCGCCAGACCUGCAUGAACACUUUCAGCCACUGGCUGGGCUUCAUGCCCCUGGUGCACUCUCAGAUGAGGCUGGACCCGGUGCUGUUCAGGGAUCAGGUUUCCAUCCUGAGGAAGAAGUACAGGGACAUAGAACGACUGUGAAGGCGUAGGAGCAUUCACAUCAGGCGGACGGAGACAAUGAGCGAGCAGUGUGUUCAGAGACGCUGUGAUGGGGCAACACACACCUCACAUAAACAUGGUGCACAUGAGGAAUUCAGCUCAACAGCCUCAGCAUCACUUUGCGUGGCACUAACUGUGAACAAACAUGAACUCAGAGACUCGUACAACCAAGACCUGAACACGUUCAAGGCCACACAUCAGGUAAACAGUAUGUGCUGCAUGGUUUAAAGUGUACAAGGACCUGAACAUGUCACUGACUUCAAUGCUUUCAAAGACACGUAUUUAGGAACAUGCAGCAAAGACGUGGUGGACAAACAGUCACAGGGUCCGGCUGCACCACAGCCAAUGGCCAAGCUCCUGUAUACUAGUGUAGAUUCUCAGCAGCAGUUUCUGUCUGUAUGACGCAAAUAAAAAUGAAAUAAAGAAACGUCAUGUCAUAAGAUCAGAGGUCACGUCACAA